CGAGAUGGUCGCUCUCGUCGCUCGUGCGUGUUUGGUGCUGGGGCUCUGGGUGAACGGGGCACGGGGUGCAGCCUGUCCGGGAGAUGCGAGUUGUCAUUGCUACAAAUUUGGUUCCAUGGUGAGCGUGUGUACCAAGAGGUCCGUCAUGAGUGUGGUUGGCCGCUCCGUGGUCCUGCCCUGCACCUUCUCGCUUCAUUCUCCCUCGAAUGAAGUCAGCGUGGAGUGGAGACUCAGGGAGAUCAAAAAGGGAAUGGUAAUAUUCAACAGUUCGAAUAACAAUUACACUGCCGACAAUUUUAGGGAUCGACUCAGACUGUUGGGAGACCCUGGCAAAGGUGAUGCAAGCAUCAUCAUCGUCAACCUGAAACGUGCAGACAUAAACACCUACUUUUGCCGAAUCAAAGAGUGGGAAAUGAGUGAACAAAGAAUCAAAGAAUAUAAUUAUUAUGGUCAUCAUGGAACCCACCUGAUAGUCCAAGGUGCAGUCUCUGAAGGAGACGGGAGUUUUCAGUGCUUCAAUUUCAGCUACAGGGCGAGCAUGUGUACCGAGAGGUUCGUCAUGGGCGUGGCGGGCGGCUCUGCCCUCUUACCCUGCACCUUCUCGCUUAAUUCUCUCUCAAACCAAGUCCACGUGGAGUGGAGACUCCAGGAGGUCAACAAGGGACUGCUCAUAUUCAACAGUUCAAACAACUACAUCGAAGUGAAAUUCCAGGAUCGACUAAGACUGGUGGGAGACCCAACCAAGGGGGAAGCGAGCAUCAACAUCACCAACCUGAACUGUAGUGACACAUAUGCCUACUUCUGUCACAUCAAAGAGUUGAAAAUGAAUCAACAGGGAAACAGCGAGUACAAUUACGCUGACCAACUUGGAACCCUCCUGGUCGUCAAUGAUUCCAGCCAUACCACCAUCCUCACCAGCGCAAUUCCACCCACUGCCAAUGUCCCUACUGGUUGGAAGGGGUGCAAGAGAAGUGUAAUCGCAAUAUUAGUCUGCUCCAUCUCCCUAUUGUCAGUAUCUCUGUCUUACAUCUGCUGGAUCGUGUUGAGAACACAGCACAACACGGUAUGUAUGUGUGUACGUUGAAGUUGUAAUUUCUCACUGUAAGUGGCCAACCGUGAUAAUUGAAGAUGCGGGGAAGGAAAACAAACUACACACAACAAGAAGCAGUUCUAAAUAAAUUCGUUUUCUAUGUAGUAUAGUUGUGUCGUGUAUGGUAGUGUAGUGUAUAUUGGUGUCGUGUAUACAAUGAGGGAAAAAAGUAUCUGAUCCCCUGCUGAUUUUGUACGUUUGCCCACUGACAAAGAAAUGAUCAGUCUAUAAUUUUAAUGGUAGGUUUAUUUGAACAGUGAGAGACAGAAU